CGUCAGCGCGCGCGGACCCCGGAAGUGGAGCCAGCAGGGGGCGGGCGGAGCCGCGCGCGCGGCACUAGGCCCGGAGCGGCCGCGCGCUCCCCGUGACGGCGCCGCGCGCGCGCGCGCCUCGUCCCGUCCCGUCCCGUCCCGUCCCGCCGGCGGCAGCGCCAGCGCCAGGGUAGCUCCAGAUAGAAGCCCCGGGUGAUGGCUGUUGCUGAAGUCGCCAGUGUUGCCAGUGCUUCCUGCCUGCCUGCCAGCUGGAGGUCUGAUGUGCCUGCCACCGCUGGUGUUAGUCUAGGCGCCCCCCAGCCCACCUCUGUCAGAACAUGAUCAUUGUUUGAAUAAUAAUCUACAUUUACCUCAGUAUUUCAAGGUUUGUUGAGAGUUUGGGUAAAUGAUGGCUCAGCUCCAGCAAGGAGGUCCGGAUGAAAAAGAGAAGACCACUGCAUUAAAGGAUUUAUUGUCUAGAAUAGACUUGGAUGAACUAAUGAAAAAAGAUGAGCCUCCACUUGAAUUUCCUGAUACUUUGGAAGGAUUUGAGUACAUUUUUAAUGAAAAAGGACAGUUAAGACACAUUAAAACUGGGGAGCCAUUUGUUUUUAAUUAUCGUGAAGAUUUGCAUAGAUGGAACCAAAAGCGCUAUGAAGCUCUUGGAGAGAUCAUUACUAAAUACAUUUAUGAACUACUGCAGAAUGAAUGCCACUUGAAGAAAGUAAUUCUUCCAGUUGAUGCAAUUGAGAGUGAACCAAAGAGCUUUAUCUUUAUGAGUGAAGAUGCAUUAGUAAAUCCUGACAAACUGUUGGUCCUAAUUCAUGGUAAUGGUGUUGUCAGAGCUGGUCAGUGGGCUAGGAGACUCAUAAUUAAUGAAGAUCUGGACAGUGGGACCCAGAUACCAUACAUAAAGAGAGCUAUUGAGGAAGGCUAUGGAGUAAUAGUUCUGAAUCCCAAUGAGAACUAUAUUGAAGUUGAGAAGACAAAAGCCCAAAUACAGCUGUCUUCUGAUAUCUCAGAUGAACCUGCAGAAAAGAGAGAAAGAAAAGAUAAAAUCCAGAAGGAAACAAAGAAGAGACGUGACUUCUAUGAAAAGUACCGAAAUCCACAAAAAGAAAAAGAAACUAUGCAGAUCUAUAUUAGAGAUAAUGGCUCUCCUGAAGAACAUGCGAUUUAUGUUUGGGACCAUUUUAUUUCCCAGUCAGCUGCAGAGAAUGUGUUUUUUGUUGCUCACAGUUAUGGUGGACUUGCCUUUGUAGAGUUGAUGAUUCAACGAGAGGCAGAAGUAAAGAAUAGGGUAACUGCUGUGGCCUUGACAGACUCAGUUCACAAUGUGUGGCAUCAGGAAGUUGGGAAAACCAUUCGAGAGUGGAUGCGAGAGAACUGCUGUAACUGGGUGUCCAGCUCCGAGCCCCUGGACACGUCAGUGGAGUCCAUGCUGCCCGACUGUCCCCGUGUCUCUGCAGACACAGGUUCAUUCCUGUCUCUUGGACCUUUAUUUCCACAGCUGCCUGUAUCAGCAUCCACACCAGCCUUCAAGCUCUGCUUCUGGUACAGAGCGCCACGAGCUUACUUCUUGGAAGAGUUUUCCAUCUGUUUUCAAGUUCUUCAGUGAGGCUAUAAAGGCGAAGAACAGCUUGGUGAAACCAACCCCAACACGGCGCUCCCACAGGAUAAAAUAUGAAGAAUUCUAAAAGGAGGGGAGGAAAAAAAACCCACCACCACCAAUGUCUUUGCUGCUUUCUGCAAGGAGUCUCCCAGCCCCUCAUUAGAUUGUUUUCUUCCUAGAGCACAGGGUCGUGAUGUAUACAUCUAAAUAGCGUUUUGCAUUAUUUCUAGAUGAGUGCAACUGUCAAAGCAAUAUGGGUUCACUGGUUGUGCUUCCUGUGGGCUGUAACUUGGAUUUUGUGCUGCCCAUCAGUGUGCAGAUUAAGGCUGACAGUGGUACUGCACAGUGCAGCAUGGUGCAGCUCUAAUUGCCCUGACAUAGCCCUGCACCAAGCUGAUGCCAGAAUUUAACAGCUUCAUUGCAGCCCUAUUGCCUGCAGGAUUUUUUGCAGCAUUCUUCUAUUUUGAGACAGAACAAAAAAUGAAGUACUCUUUUUUAAAAGACAGCCCUAACUCAGAUGUGUUAACCAGCCUAUGACUUUACACCUAGUAGCCUUCUCUUUCUCUGGGACCAAGUGGAAUUUACUUCUAACUCUCUCCUUUUUCUGCUGGCAAGAGUGUCCAAGAAGUUUGGCCCAGAAUUCUAGAAAGGCUCCUUUGUUGAAGAGACUUCUCUUGCUAGAUCAAUGGCAUUAUCUGUAGAUCUUCUCUUUCUUUGGAAAGCUCUACUUAAAAAAAAUCCCUAUUCAUUAGCAGGCUGGAUCACGCUGUGAAAUAUGACAGCAAAAAAAAAAGAGAGACACUGCAUAUUUUUCUGUUUAUUUUUAAACACAAAAAUGCUUCCGAUUCCAUAUGCUGGGUUUGUAAUGGCUUGCCAUCCCAUGAUUAUUCCCUUUUCCCUAAACUUACAGGUUCCUCCCCACUUUCCCAGUCUCUCAGACAAAGAUUGGCCAGCAGGGCACUCUGUGUGGGGAUUUCACACCAUGCAUAGGAGUUAUGUAGCUGUAGACAUAACUGUUGUGUUAGGCAGGUUUUCUCCUAAAACUAGGGGAAAAGAUGUGCUUAAUAGCAUGCCCAGUGAGCAAGCACUCUAAUUGAGCUCCUUUGGGGUUGAUAAUACUAAAUUAAAGUGGUCCUUUCUUUAAUGGCCAUGCCCACCUCACCUCUGAUGCUGUUAGUGGCAAGGAGGCACCACUCAAAACUUGAGUUUUGGACCCAAUCCCACUCUCUCCUCAUGCCCAGUCCUACAGCUGGGGGCCAGAAAUGGUGGUAGGGAGCAUUAAAACAGGACAAUGCCAAAGCAGGAGUACCCUUCAAUGCCACGAGACAAAAGCAGAAGUGCUCAUAGUCAGGUGUAAAGGGAAACACAGCUGGACUUGGGCCUAAAUCCUCCAGGUGAGGGGCACAGAGCACUUACAUCCCUACCUGCUCAUACCUGCAGCAAGGUUUCACUUCCCCAGCUCCUGCUUCAUUGCUGCAUUUAAGCUCUGCCCGUGGGGAGGGGUGCUUGGAGCAAACCCCUGGUGGGGAGGGAGAGGUGUCAGGUCAUGCUUGUGUGGAGGGAAGUGCAGUGUCUGUGCCUGGCAGAUUUUCUUCCUGGAGAGGAGCCUGUUGCUGCAGGGAGAGGACUGCACCCGGCUUCCUGUGUCCAUAUUCCCAGUCUGAGGAUGCUGCUGCCUGUGGCCAGCCUGGUCCCCCACUGUGGGGGUCUGCAGCCCCCCUCUCCCCAGGCCUGUGUCCACCCCAGCCCCCUGGACCAUCCUGUGUGUGUGGUUUGGGUGUCUGUGCUUCAUCAAGACCCAGAGGCCAGGGAAGUUUGCACACACACACACACACCAGACCUGCCACUCUCCAUCUCCAAGGUGAGAUGGAGUCUCUAGGGUGCCCAAGUAUUGGAGGAGCAGAUCUAUUUUUUUAACUGUUGUUUAGAAACAAACUACAAACCUUUCUACUGUAAUGCUCGUCAUUUUCUGAAGAAUUUUUCUUUACUGUGCCCUGGGCCCAGCUCACAUUAUCGCUCCUGUGGGGGGCUGUAGAGCAGAGGGGAUCCUCACCACUGAUACUGCUCCACUUGCAGUAAACAAAAAAUAAACAUGCUCUCUUCUCUCCUUCUUGCA